UGUGUUUUGUUGUUUCAAGUUUUAUUAUUUCACUUCUACUCGCAUGUUCAGUGUUUCGCCGAGGCGAUGGAUGAAUUUUGUGGUUCUCGUUUUUGGGAUUCGGAAACUGUUUGGGACACGAAUGAUCCCGAUUUGUCGUUAUGUUUUGAGAAAACGGUUCUCGUGUGGGUUCCAUGUGCGUUUCUAUGGAUAUGUCUCCCUUUUGAAGUAUACCUACUUCGCCGGUCAAAAUCAUUCGAUAUACCUUUCAAUGUGUAUAAUGUUGUGAAAUUAGUGGCAAUAAUCAUUUUAGCAGCUCAAGCUGUUUUGGACUUUCUGAAUCAUGUAUUGUUGGCCCCUUUCUGUUAUCCGGUCGAUUUUUACUCUCCGUUGAUCAGAUUUUUUACCUUUUUACUUUUUUUAGGAUUGACUUACUCCAAUAUGAGAUUUGGUAGAAGAUCUUCGGCAGUAUUAUUUUUAUUUUCUUUUGUAUUAAUGGUAUGUGGAAUCCCUCGAUGUCGAACCGAAAUUCGAUCAACGUGGUCUUCAAAAAACGAGAGACUCAAUGCGACGAUGGAAUUAGUUUCCUAUAUGAUUUACUAUUUCAUCGUUUUGGCAGUGUUUCUAAUGAACUGUUUUGUUGAUUCACCUCCUCGAAUUUCACCUCGUAGGAUUGAUAAAAAUGUAUGCCCGAGAAAAGAAUCUUCAUUUUUGUCUCGAUUGUUAUUCACAUGGUUUGAACCUCUGAUUUGGAAAGGGUACAGAAAGUCGUUGCAGAAAGAAGACUUGUGGAAUUUGGAUUAUUCAAUCUUGUCAGCCAAUAUCGUUCCUAAAUUUGAAAAAUAUUGGAAAGAAACUCUGGAGAAAAUUGGAAAAAAUUCAGAUUUGAAAAUCAAGAUAAAGUGUGAAAAUAAAAAACAACACGACAUCAACAAAGUCAAGUACAAACUGAAUGAUCGAGCUGACGAAUACGCGUCCAUAGUUCCAGCCUUAUUGCGAACUUUCGGUAUCACUUUUAUAUUGGGAACUUCACUGAAAGUUUUUCUCGACGUGUUUGUAUUUGUGAAUCCACAAAUUUUGAGUUCAUUGAUCGACUUCAUGGGGAGCAAUCAACCUAUGUGGAGAGGGUAUAUGUUUGCCGUAUUAUUGUUUAUCAUUGCUAUAAUUCAAACUAUAUUGUCAGCGCAGUAUCAGCAGAUAAUGUAUACGAUUGGACUUCAAAUACGUACAUGUUUAAUUUCCAUUAUUUAUAAAAAAGCUCUGAGCGUUUCAAAUGGCGCUCGAAGAGAUUUUACUGUGGGUGAAAUGGUAAAUUUGAUGUCUGUUGAUGCUUAUCGAUUCGUUGAUUUGUUCUCAUUUUCGUAUUUGUUGAUUUCCACUCCGGUGCAAAUCAUAUUAUCGAUAUAUUUCUUAUGGCAGAUCCUCGGUCCCAGCGUAUUGGCCGGUCUCUCUGUCAUGAUGGUUUCUAUUCUAGUCAAUAGCUAUGUCGCCUCAAGAGUCAAAUCUUUGCAGUUUCAGCAAAUGCAUAAAAAAGAUGAUCGACUUAAACUAAUGAACCAAAUACUAUCUGGAAUCAAAGUUUUGAAAUUAUACGCAUGGGAACCUAGUUUCGAAAAACAAGUGCUGGCGAUUCGAAAUGAAGAAAUAAAAAUUAUGAAAAAACAGGCCUACUUGUGUGGUGUGGGAACAUUUGUUUGGUCUUCCACUACAUUUUUGAUUUAUUUAGCUACUUUCGCCGCAUACGUAUUGACGAGUGAUAAAAAUGUACUGAAUGCUCAAGUGGCUUUUGUUUCUCUGGCAUUAUUUAAUAUAUUGAAAUUACCUCUGUUGACGGUGCCGCAGUUUCUAUCUAAUUUAGUGCAGAGUGUGGUUGCCACUAAAAGAAUUGACAAGUUUUUGAACUGCGAAGAUUUAAACCUCUGCAGUGUUACCCAUGAAAAUAGAUCCGAAACUUUGGUUAUUGAAAAUGGAUCAUUUUCGUGGGAAGGACCUAAAGGGUCUGCUAUUCUUCGUAACAUAAGCUUGAAAGUUGAUUCUGGUGCUUUGGUGGCAGUCGUUGGACCUGUUGGCUCUGGUAAAAGUUCUUUGAUUUCUGCAUUUCUCGGUGAAAUGUAUAAAUUAUCCGGCGUCGUGAAUACCAAAGGUACUGUAGCAUAUGUACCUCAACAAGCCUGGAUUCAAAAUACUACUCUGAGAGAUAACAUUACUUUUGGAGAAGCGCCCAGAAGCUUGUACUAUAAUGGUGUUUUGGAAGCCUGCGCUUUGAAACCUGAUUUAGAAAUAUUACCGGCCGGAGAUUUGACAGAAAUCGGUGAAAAAGGGAUAAAUUUGAGUGGUGGUCAAAAACAAAGGAUUAGUUUAGCCAGAGCUGUAUACUAUGCAGCUGACAUUUACUUCCUAGAUGAUCCUCUAAGUGCUGUUGAUUCACAUGUUGGCAAACAUAUAUUUGAACAAGUGAUUGGCCCCAAUGGAUUGUUGAAAAAUAAGACUCGUAUCUUGGUGACUCACAGUGUGACUUAUUUAUCUCAAGUUGACCUUAUCGUUGUCCUGAAAAAUGGUUGUAUUUCCGAAUCAGGCACAUUCGAAGAACUGCUCGAAAAUAAAGGAGAUUUCUCCGAAUUUUUGAUCACUUAUUUAGAACAAAAUUCUGAAGCUGACGAAGAAGAUUUAGAUAAAUUGAAGAAUAUUCUAGUCGAGAAAAACAUCACUAGUGAGAAACUGUUCGUGAGGCAGAAUUCGUUGAAAAGUGAAAGCGGAUCGAUUGGGUCAUUCAAAAGACAGAGGUCAAUGAACAGUCAACGUGUAGGGUCUCUUAGGAAACGAAAAAAUAUUGAAAAACCCGUCGCAGGACAGAAAUUGACCGAAGAUGAACAUGCUGAGUCAGGAACUAUAACCUGGGACGUGUACGUUCAUUUCGCCCGAUCAGUUGGAAUUUCCAUGACGUUUAUCAUCGUAUUUUUAAAUUGUGCACUUCAAGGAUUGUCCGUCGUUUCGAGUAUGUGGCUGUCGAAAUGGUCUGACGAUAAGAAUGCCACUACUCCGGAGGGAACUCAAGAUCUUGGCAAAAGAGAUUAUUAUCUUUCCAUUUACACUGUGAUGGGUUUGAGCAAAUGUUUUAUAGAAUUUUUCACCGAUAUCUCUAUUCGCAUUGGAUGUUGGAACAGUGCUCAAGUUUUGCAUAAUUUAAUGUUGUUCAAUCUUUUCCGUUUACCACUUUCAUUUAUGGAUGUGACACCAGGAGGACGUAUUUUAUCGAGGUUUUCCAAAGAUAUCGAUGUGGUGGAUAGUUCUCUUCCUGAUCAGAUCACUGGGUUGUGUUUUUGCUUCGGUGAUGUGCUUUGUACUCUAUUUAUUGUCAGCUGCAGUACUCCGAUUUUCAUUAGUGUCAUUUUGCCAAUUGCUGCUCUUUACUAUUUUUGUCAACGAUUUUACGUCGCUACAUCGAGACAACUGAAACGAUUGGAAUCGGUGUCACGAUCGCCUAUAUAUUCACAUUUCGUUGAAACUUUAGUUGGUUCGCAGUCGAUUCGAGCUUAUGGUCUGGCGGAAAAAUUUAUCAAAGAGUCGGAAGAAAAAGUAGAUCUGAAUCAUCAGAGUUAUUAUCUGAAUGUGGUUUCAAAUAGAUGGCUUUCGGUUCGUACAGAAUCAAUUUGCAAUUUGGUUAUAUUUUUCGCUUCUUUUUUCGCCGUAGUGGAUAGAGAUAGCAUAAGUCCUGGACUUGCAGGCCUAUCUAUAGGUUAUACUCUACAAAUUGCUCUGACACUGAGUUGGUCCGUGUAUAUGUCCUCUGAAGUAGAAACCAACAUCGUUUCCAUUGAAAGGAUCAAAGAAUACAGUGAAAUCCCGAAAGAAGCCGCUUGGAAACUUCCCAAUGAAUCAGUGCCAGAAAACUGGCCUUCGAAAGGCGAUAUAAAUUUUCAAAAUUUCCAAGUUCGAUACCGAGAAGGCUUGCAGCUGGUUUUGAAAGGGAUUACGUGCUCCGUAGAUGGCGGUCAAAAAGUGGGAAUCGUUGGUAGAACUGGAGCUGGAAAGUCAUCGUUAACUUUGAGCUUAUUCAGAAUCCUCGAAUCUGCUGGAGGUAAAAUUUUGAUUGACGGUAUCGAUAUUGCCACUCUCGGAUUGCACACCGUUCGUUCUAGACUGACUAUUAUUCCUCAGGAUCCAAUUCUGUUCGCCGGAUCGCUAAAAAUAAAUUUAGAUCCUUUCGGCGAAUAUUCCGAUGACAGUUUAUGGCGUUCAUUAGAAUUAGCCCACCUUAAACCCUACGUUUUGAGUUUAAAUAAUGGUCUCAGUCAUGAAAUUACCGAAGGAGGUGAAAAUUUCAGCGUCGGUCAAAGACAGCUGAUCUGUUUAGCCAGAGCCCUGCUGCGUAAAACAAAAAUUCUAAUUUUGGACGAAGCCACAGCUGCGGUUGAUUUAGAAACCGAUGACUUAAUUCAAAGCACAAUUCGUAAAGAAUUUGCAGAUUGUACGGUUUUGACAAUUGCCCAUCGAUUAAAUACCAUAAUGGAUUACGAUAAAAUUAUAGUACUCGAUAAUGGAUAUGUGGUGGAAUACGAUUCUCCUCACGUGUUACUGGAAUCGAAAAAUUCAGUAUUUUAUGGAAUGGCUGUUGAUGCUGGUUUGUUAUGACUAUGAGAAUUCCAUAUUAUUGUGUUUGGAACUCCUUCGCUUCCAUUUUGCAGACGAUUUUUGCGAAAUUGCAUCGAUCCGAUGGUAUAUUGAAUCGAACGCACGAAAAGACACCACGCAGUUCACCUAUUUGAAUUUUUUUACCAAGAAAUUGUUUUAUUAUGAA